AUGGUUGAUACUCGACCGGAUUUGAAUAAUAUUUCAAUAAAUUCAACAACAUCAUUACCAUUAAGUACUGCUGCAAAUUUAUUUGAUCAAGAUGAUUCUGGUCCCUCAUCAUCUAUAAAAUUCAACCAAUUGAAAGGAUCAAUUCCAUCAUAUAAUUUGAAAUCAACAAUAGUAGCAUGUACAAAUACACCUUAUAUAUUUUUAUAUGGAGGAUUUGAUGAAAAUGAUGCAUUAGAUGGAAAUGUUUAUUUAUUAAAUACCGAAAAAAUGGAAUGGGAAAUUGAUGAAAAAAAUGGUAUUGAAGGAUUAUAUCGAGAGGGUCAUUCGGCAGUUUAUUUAAAUAAUGGGAAUGUAUUAAUUUUUGGUGGACUACCUUUUGAUGAUGAAAUAUUUGAUACAAAUUCUCAAACUCAAACAAAUUCUCACAGUUUUAAUAAAGAUAGUUUAAUGAUGAUUUAUAAUGUUUUUGAUAAGAAAUGGAUUGGGCCACCUCCCUUUGCUUUAAAUAAUGCACCCACCUCAAGAUCAAGACAUGCAUGUUGCUUAAAUCAAGAUAAAUCAAAAUUAUUUAUUAGUGGUGGAAUAGUAAAGACAAAUCCAGUCAAUGAUUUAUAUUGUUAUGAUCUAACCACAGGGGUAUGGUCAGGUCCAUUUAAGUUUGUUUCUAGGUUUGAUCAUACUAUAAUAUAUAACGACGAUAGAAUAUAUUCAUUUGGUGGGUUGGAUAAAGAUAUGAAUCAUGUUAAAACUAUUUCCUAUUUUUCAUUUAAAGAUCAAUCCAUCGUUGAAAUUUCAAUAUCUAAUUUGAUAACUAAUCAAUUAUCUUAUUUACAUUAUGAUUUAUAUAUAUUGGAGUAUAAACAAGAUAUAGAUUUAGUGUUGUUUGUAAAUUUACCAACUUGGAAUUCAAAUGGUGGAGUUGAUAUAAUGAGUUUAAACUUGAAAAAUUUAGAGGUGGAGGUGUUGUUUAGUCAAUUAAAUUUUCAAAAUUUUAUAUACCACGAAGUCAAUCAAAAUGAAGUGAUUGGAGAUAAAACUUCGCUAAAAUAUACUUGGAAUUGUGCAUUCACAAACGAUAAAGGUACUUUAUACCUAUUGGGGAACAAAAAGAGAUUAUUUACACAACUAUUUGGAAAUGUGGUAACAAACAACUUUGAAAAUGAAGAUAGAUUAAUAAUAGAUCAAGAACCAUCAGAAGAAGAUGAUGAAAUAUCAGAUUUAAGUAAUAAGCUAACAAAUAUAAUAGAAAUGAAUAUAAAGGGAACAAAUGAAUCUAGUCCAAUUACUAGUUUAUCACAAGAUUUUGAAAGUUUAUUCAAUUCGAAAUUUGAAACUGAUUUUGAAAUUGUUACUUUGAAAGAUGAACAGUCAAAAUUAAAAUAUGAAAAUCAAGAACAAUAUGACACCAAAAUAUUAAGAACCCAUAAAUCUAUAUUAAUUGCAAGAUGGCCACAUUUCAAAAGAAUGAUAUCUAGUGGAAUGAACGAAACUCAAAACUCAAAAGUAUUAAUACCUGAAACUUACAAAAAGAUAGAGUCCUUAAUAUACUAUCUAUACACAGGAAAUCUACCACAACACCAACACAAAAUAUCAGAUCUCUCUGGUCUACUAGUAAUUGCAAACUUAUACCAGCUUCAAAAUCUCAAAAAUUUAUUAAUAUCAGAGUUAUACCCUGAAUUUAACAAAUUCACACUAAGUUUCAACAAUCAAAAAGAAGAUCACUUAGUUGAGCUACUUCAAUUAUGGAAAGACUUUAACAUCUCAAAUGAACUACUUUUCAACUCCAAGAUUUUAAAUUUCAUCAAGAAGAAAUGGAACUAUAUAAUAAAAUCCAGAAUUUUUUUAAAUUUAGAUAAACAAGAUAUAAUAAAAUUAUGUCAAGACACAAACGACAUUUUUACUUCAACAACAUCAAUAGAGAACAACUAUAACGAAUCAAACCACUACAAAAACGCACUAUUCGGUCAAAUUAAUCCAUUGACAGGUACUCAGUUUGGUCAACCAUCAACAAUAACUUCAACAGAAUUAAAAUCACCAUCCAGAAAUUCUUUAAACUCAUUUGAAUUAACAGCUACACCAGAUACGCCCAUUAGAAGUACAAAUUCUCCAUUCUUAAUAGAUUCGCCGGCGAAUCCUACAAUUUCUUAA